GGGGCAUUGUCCCACCACAACUUGAAUUGAAAACCAUUUCAUUAAUGCAACAACACUAUCCGUUUCCACCGCUACAUAUCUCCAUCUCUCUCUCUCUAGAAACCCCUAAAAAUGGAAGAUCAAUAUGGGAUGGGAGAUCUACGGGAGUACAUCGAUAGCGCCGGCCGGCCUCUCUUUCCGGCCAUUUCUCAGCCGCCGGACUUUCUCUCCUGUCACCGCCCCUCCUCCUAUCCCUACGACAUGCUCAUCUUCCGGCCGCCGCCGGAUGCCGCCGCCGCAGCGCCCUCAGCUGCUGCGGCCGGCUUCGACAGCGGAGCCGGGCGGUGGCCGAGGCAGGAGACGCUGACGCUCCUUGAGAUCAGAUCAAGACUUGAUCCUAAGUUCAAGGAGGCCAAUCAGAAAAUCCCCUUGUGGGAUGAGGUCUCUAGGAUUAUGUCGCAAGAGUAUGGAUACCAAAGGAGCGGCAAGAAAUGCAGAGAAAAAUUCGAGAAUCUCUACAAAUACUACAAGAAGACCAAAGACGGCAAAGCCGGCCGCCAAGACGGCAAACACUACCGCUUCUUUCGACAGCUCGAAGCCCUCUACGGCGACGCCACCGCCACCAAUUCCCCCUCAACCAAUUAUCCCUACAAUUUCCCCAAUCAAGAACCCUACUAUCCGUUAUCCAAGGACUCAUGCGAUUGCGACACCACCUCUUCCCACUGCACCGAUUCUGAGGCGGCCGCGGCGGAGGAGGAUGAGAGGGUGAGGAAAAGGAGGGGGAAGAUGCGGAGUUUGAAGGCGUCGAUCGAGGAGAAGAUGAGGGCGAUGGCGGAGAAGCAGGACGCGUGGAUGGAGAAGAUGACGAGGGCGAUCGAAGGGAAGGAGGAGGAGCGGAUGGCGAGGGAGGAUCAGUGGCGGCGACAGGAUGCUGCGAGGAUCGAUGGCGAGCACAAGAUGUGGGCAGCCGAGAAGGCGUGGAUCGAGGCGCGGGAUGCUGCGCUUAUGGAGGCGUUCAAUGGCCUUUUCGAGAGGGGGCUCGAGCCCCCUCGGCCUCAACCGCCUCCUUUUCAGCUGAAUGGCGGCGGCUCGGCUGCGAAUGAUGGCCUGUUUAAGUACUUGGUUGGAGAUUCGUAUCAGAGAUUGUGAAGGAGGUGAGGAAGAAUGAUCAGUGUUUGGGAAUGCGUUUCUUGUUGUUUGGUUGUACCGUUAGCUUUGUUGGAGGUACUUUUAUGAAUUGUAAGACUUGUAAUUGUAACCCUGUGGUGAUACUCCAAUAACUUAAUUACUAGUACUAUUAUGUGAGUAAUUGGAUUUAUGAUUUUAUUA